AAUAGGCUCGCGUACGCACAAAACAAAAAAAAAUACAAAUUUUGCAAAGUAAAUAAGUUGAGAAAUCGGGUUACUGUCCAUCUUUUUUUUUUGCCACGCAAUGAACAACGGACCAAACGAUCCUGCUGCUUCGCGCCGUGCCCAGCCAGGAGACAGAAGCGCUGCCAGCGUAGCCAUACCCAUUGACAGCGACGGCGAUGACAAUGAGUCAACGACAGCUGAGCACGAUUACCUGCUGCCUGCGCCGACGCCGUCCUUGUCGCUAGCGACCGCGGCACAGCCCUUAACCGGACCAAAUACCAGCACAAGCAUUAAUCUGGAGCAUGCCAAUCCGCAGCCGGCGCGCAGCAGCAGCAUUGGUGGCGGCCGUCCCUCUGGCAGCAACAUACUGUCCACGCUCCUGGCCCGGCAGCGCUCCUUUACGCCGAUCAGCAGCACGCCUGUGCGUGUGACCACACAGAUGAAUCGCCGCUUGCAGCAGUCCCGCAGCGUGGGCGCCAACAGCGGCAGCUUGGAGGAGCCGCCGGCGCAAGCGGCCGUCUCGUCGGCAGGGAAUGUGCGGCAAUUGGGCUUCUGGCGUGUCAAUCUUAACGAGAUGUUCUCGCUGUCGACGGCACCCUCAACCGAGGCGCUGCGCUCCUUUAUAGCACAUUCCAAUUUUCGCUACCAGCCAACAGCUGGCAAUGUGGUGCCACCAGCAGCGGCAGCCGCCGCCGCCGCCUCUGUGCCCGGCGACAAUACGCACAUAUUGAUAAACCAGAAUCAGCUAGCGAGCCAGAUCGAACCGGAGGCCAGCACCAGCGCGUCGAUACCCUCGCGCAUGGGCGCCUACAGCAGCGCCGGCAUGGGCCGCAGCAUCUCCCUGCGCGAGGGCGAAAUGCAACAGGCGCGCCACAGCCUAAGCGGCCGGCACAAUGCCAGCGUGAUUGGCCUGACAACACCGGCAGCGGCGUGCAUUAAUCCUCCUGCUUACGAUGCGGCACAUCCGGAUGCAGUCACUGUUGCUGGUGGCGCUGCAAAUGCCGCUGCCGCAGCGUCCGAUGGAGCGAGCAGCCCGAAUGCCAAUAUUGGCCAUCAGGCGGCGCACGAGAAUAACGCAGACGAUGAUCACAUCAUCACGGAUAUGGUGGUGCAGGUGCUGAGCCACUUUGUGCGCUAUUUGCCCAUCAUUUGCAUACUGCUGAUCAAGUUCGUGCACGACCAUCUGCUGGGCAUACUCGAUCUCCUGCUGCUGCAGACCAUCAUGUACAAUGUGAAUCGUUCGUUGCGGCAUCAAGUCUCGCGGCUGGCCCAGAAGAACUAUGUGGUGCUGCUGCGUGAUGCCUGCGUGGUGAUCGUCGUGGUUACCCUGCGCAUGUACUUGGCCACAGCGCCGCCGGAUCCCUUGGGCUUAAUUGUGCCGCCGCCCAAGAUCUAUCAAACAGUUGAUGUCUCCACUUCGCACUACAAAACGGAGAACAGCCACACGAAUGGACUCAACGACAGCCCCUCGACCACGUUCCAGUGGAGCGCCGAGCUGGCCAAAAGCUCGGCCAAUGAUACAACUGUGCCAAAGGUCAUUCCGCUGGGCAUGCUGCUCUACUAUGUGGCCAUCAGCGAUCUGCUGCUCAAGCUGCUCACCAUUCUCAUCAAGAUCUGCAUAACCCUGUUGCCCAUGCAUGUGAUACGACUGAAAGUGCGCGCUCGUCUUUAUGUGUUGGUCGAAUACAUAUCGCAAUUCUAUCGCGCACUGGCUCCAAUUACACAGUGGUUCCUGUUUCUGUACGAGUCCUACUCGGGUCUUGAGGUCAUCUCGGGCGGCUUGUUCUCGUCCCUGUAUAUUGGCGCGAAAAUCUUUGAGCUGCUGGAGCGGGGCAAGUCCCUAAAGAAGGCCAUUUCAACAUUUCGACGCAAUAUUGACUCGGAACGGCCGCCCACAAAGGACGAACUAGAUGCCGCCGGCUCCGUGUGUCCCAUUUGCCAUGAUGCGUACAACUCGCCAAUUAUACUGGAGUGCGGUCAUAUAUUCUGUGAUGAGUGCGUACAGACCUGGUUCAAGCGUGAGCAAACGUGUCCCAUGUGCCGCGCCAAGGUCAGCGACGAUCCCGCCUGGCAGGAUGGCAGCACGACCUAUUUCCAUCAGCUCUACUAGGCCGAAUAUCGGCCGGACU